GAAGAAAGUGAAGAGGAAGGAGUGCACUCUGACAAGCUUCCUGCAAACAACUCGCUGUGUUACAGAAACGCAGAAAAUAAAACAGAGCAAAUUUUGAUUAUUUGAAGCCUUUUCUUUUUGGGGAUGUCUAAUGUUUCUGUGAAGAUGCAUUGAAGACAAAGAAAAGAUGGAAGUGGAGGAGACAAUUGAAACGAGGACUUCCUGGUCUGCAGCACAGGGAGAGGCACACUCCAUCCCCUGUGACCAUGCUGCGAAAAAGAGAAAACAAGACCCGACCCCUGAACUUGUGAUCAGAAUCAACGAGGAUGAAGAGGAAGAUGAGGAGGAUGAGAUGAUGUCUGAUCGCAUGAGGGAUUCAGAGGAGCCCAGUAAUAAAAGGGUGAAACCUGUGGUGAAGUCAAAUAGCCUAACGGGUGUCAUAACCCCGGUGAAGACCCCUGCGCUGAAACGCAUUGGACAGUCCAUUUCGCGGUCUAUUAGCUUUCGCACAGAGGCACGACCUUUGCCCCCGGGUCCCCUGCGCCCUCGCUCUAAGGCCUCAUCAUUUCCACGCCGGCGCAACAGCCAAUGCUGGAGCGACACUGUUGAGAGCCAUGACCUCACUGCAAAGGAGAUCAAAAGACAAGAGGUGAUCUAUGAGCUGACUCAGGGCGAGAGACAACUCAUUGAGGACCUCAGUCUGGUCAAAAAGGUGUACUAUGAGCCCAUGCUGAAGUUGGACAUCAUGACAGAGAGUGAGCUUGGAAAGAUCUUUGGUACGCUAGACUCUCUCAUUCCUCUCCAUCAAGAUCUUCUGAGUCGCCUUGAGCGGCUGCGGGGAUCAGAGAAGACUGUUGGGCAGGUGGGGCCUACACUGGUGGACUGGUUUCCUUGCCUUGAGGCCUAUGUCACGUACUGCUGUAACCAGGUGGGCGCUAAAGCCCUGCUGGACCAGAAAAAGCAGGAGAAACGAGUGGAGCACUUCCUGCGCCUGUGCCAGGAGUCCUCGUUCAGCAGGAAACUGGACCUUUGGAACUUCCUGGAUCUCCCUCGAAGCCGCUUGGUGAAAUACCCCCUGCUGUUGAAAGAGAUACAGAAGUGCACGCCUCCAGAGCACCCGGAUGAGGACGUGUUGCCUGAUGCUUUGGAGACCAUCCAGAGCAUCGUGGCUGAGGUCAACAAGAAGACAGGAGAGGCGGAGUGUCAGUUCUACAGACGGGGUCUCGCAUACAUUGAAGAAAGCCAGAGACUACAAGAGAUCCAGCUGUCCCGCUUCCUCUACUGCCACGGAGAGCUCAAGAACAACAAAGGCCAGCGGCUGCAUGUAUUCCUGUUUGAGCUGGCCUUGGUGCUUAGCAGGCCAGGGGAGGACAAAGAUGGAGGUCAUGUGUUUCAUGUCUACAGACAGCCUCUGCCCAAUUACUUGAUAAACCUGGAGGAGAUCCCAGAUGGGGAGGCUGCUGGAGGGGGAUCCUUCAGGGGAGCCUUUACCGGAGGAAAUGAUAAAGUGAAGAACUGUUUCCGUGUGAGCAGCAGAGGGCGCUCCAAAGCUCACCCUUACUGCCUGCAGGCCAACGACUCCUUCAGCAAGCAGCAGUGGAUCACCUGUCUGCGGCGGGCCAUUGUCCAGUCCCGAGACAGGUCCUCUUUGACCAGUCAGUCGCAGCUCUGCCUUCCCCCUGAUCCCAUCCUGUGUCACAUAGCCGACCUCAGCCUCAACUCGGACACAGAAAUGGUAGACCAUAACAGUCGCUGAAGACAAGGAGGCCCGGGGAGUGUCUUUACAUCUGUACAUUGACACUGGAAGGAAUAAAAUAUGGACUGUUAGGGAAAGAUUGUGCUUGGACACAAAUAUAGAAUUUUGUGCAUGGAUUUUCCAUUGUAUUUGUUAAAGGAUUGUGUAUUUGUGGUGAUGAUGACUGUACAGCUUGAGAACAGUAUUUUCUGAAUGUGUAUUCACAGUGUUAAAUGUUUUCAUAGAUUUUUCUGUUUAAUUUUUUAAUAAAUAAACUGACACUUGAAAGUU